ACCGGCCGCCGCCCCAACGGCCGUGUUGUCGGAACCGCUGAGAACUGCGACCUGAAGUCUCCCGCUUCCCCGGAGCCCGCAGCAGCUUUGGGGACAGGCGGCAGGCAGCCCCGCCACCAUGUCGCAGCCCGGGACGGGGAGGAGGCCACCCCCCACUGCGCCCGCGGCGCAUGGUGACAAGAAGGCAAGUGGAGCUUCUUCCAAAUCGGAAGAGAAGAAAGCAGAAGUGGCAGAGAAGAAACCAGCAAGUGCUAAUGACAGUCAACCCCCCAAAGUACAGACAGGUGGAGCACCUCCUGCUGUUCAGAAGCAGUCCGCCUCUGUGGAUGCAUCAAAACUACAAAUUACGAAGCCAUCUGAAACAAAGUCCACACCAACAGCCAAAGCAGAGCCUGGAAAAAACAUGCAGUCAACCAAGCCAACAGACUCUCAAAAUAAACAGCCAUCUGAAGAGAGGCAAAAAGAACCCCAUGGUGCAAAAAAUCAGACCUUGAAUUCUCUGACAACAACUUCUAAACCAAAUAAUGCAGGAAAAGUAACUACAAGUCAAGCUGACCAGCCUCCACAAGUACCCUCCACAGAGACAGCAAAGCCUAAGUCUGAGAAGUCCACAGCAGCUGGGGCAGGUGCACCUGCCAUGAGUGUGGUUGCAGCAGCUGAGAAGUCAAGUACUGAGCCUGCUAUGGAUGAGUCAGCACUAGAUAGCCUAAUAGAUACCCUUGGUGGACCUGAAGAAGAUGUACCUACUAGUCCUGUUUACACUGGUCCAGAAGUUACGGAAGAUGUAUCAUCAAGAUACUUGGAAGAACUGGGAAAACGAGAGGGUAGUCUUCCUCCAGAGUAUGUUAAAUUGUUGAAGAGCAAAGUGAAGGGCAAAGAUGGAGUCCUACCAAAAGCAAAUGAACAAGAUGAAAAACCGAUGACAGAUGAUGAGCUUGCAGAGGCUCUGUCAUCAGACUUUGUCUGUGGUACUGCUUCUGCUGAAGAAAAGAAGACAGGUCUGACAGAGAAACCAGUUAAGGAAGGAGAAAUUGUGCAAGCACAGGCAGCAAGUUCAGUCAAGACCUCAGCUCCUCCUAAUGAGAAGAAGACAAAAUCAAAAGAGGAAAGUAAAGAAGAUGCAAUGGAAGCUCUUCUUGAUACUCUUGGUGGACCUGAACCUGAACCUGAAGAAGAUCUUACCCCUGUUGUAGAAGUGUCAGAGGCAAAAGCUAAAGAGAAAAAAGAAAGAAAGGCUGGAGAACGUGAUGAUACAAUACCUCCAGAGUACAGGUUAACACCAGAGCUGGAUAAAGAUGGAGAACCAAUAUUGCCAAAGCCUGAAGAAAAACCUAAGCCUUUGAGUGAAUCUGCUCUUGCUGAUGAAUUUUCUAAAGACUUUGCCUGCCCUGCACAGCCUGCAGUACAAUCCAAACCAUCGAAGCCCAGCAGCACAUCCAAAAAGCCUUCAGAUGCUGUGUCUGCAAAAGCUGCCGAGGAUGAAGUAGUCCCUCGUGCCACAGCUUGCACUGUGCAGUCUUCAGCUCCAUCACCUGCGUCUUCAAUUGGUCAUGUGUCAGAUGAAGCUCUGGAGGCUUUGUCCAGUAGCUUAGGAAAGAGGGAGCCUGAUCCAGAUGAAAAGAAACCUGCUGUGGACAAAGUGAAGGAGAAAACCAAAAAGGAAAAACGUGAGAAACUGGGUGAAGAUGAAGAAACAAUUCCUCCAGAGUAUAGAUUAACAGAAGCCAAAGAUAAAGACGGAAAACCACUCUUACCAAAACAGGAAGAAAAGGCCCAGCCUAUGAGUGAAAAUGAUCUUUUAGAGGGUUUGACGAAAGGAUUUUCCUCUUCUCCAUCACCAUCUGCACCUACAACAAUGGUAAUAAAGAAAACCAAGGAGCAUGAAGUGCCCUCAGGUUCCUCAGAGGUUAUCUCUGCUGCUGCUGUUCCUUCUGUGCACUCAGCGGCUCCUCCAGCAUCUGCCUCAGGAGGAAAAGAGAUGGAUGAAGCCUUGGAUCUCCUGUCUGAUUCCCUGGGAGAGAGGGAACCGGACCCUGAUGAGAACAAACCAAUUGUAGAUAAAGUAAAGGAAAAGGCUAAAUCGGAGCACAGAGACAAGCUUGGAGAAAGAGAUGAUACUAUCCCACCUGACUAUCGAAAACUCCUGGAGUCAGGUGAGCAGGGUAAACCAGGGAAGCUAACAACAAAGGAUGAUGCAAAGCAAAAAGAACAAAAGAAGGCUACAGGUGACUCUGCAGCUAUUGAUGCCCUGUCAGAUGACUUUGAUACCUGUACAAAGGCUGCUGCCACGCCACAGCCCUCAAAGUGUAGGACAAAAGUGGGAAGGAAACCAUCACCACUAAACCAGCCCCAAAGGACAAAGGAAAACGCAAAGACCCUAAAACGGCAAAGGGACAGUCCUCCAGCAGCAAAUCUGAGAAGCAGAAAACAAGCUAAACGCUGACAUCACUGGGAUCUUGGCACAUCAUGUCAAAACAUCUUCUCUCUGUUGGUGGAUAAUUAUUCCUGAAGAACAAAAGCUGAUGCAAAAAGCAUGUGGUUAUUCUGGGUGGAUUUUGUAGAGUGAUACUUGCUGGACUCUUUUCGUAUUUUCUUUUUUCCAGUAGUAGACUAAGGUGUUCUUUUUUCCCCCCAAGUCAUUCAUUUUAUUAUAGUCGUAUACUUCCACUUUUUGUAAUUUUGUUCGGUUUUCAGAGGGAAAGAAUGCUUUAUAUUUGCAAGAAAUAUAUUUCAUAAAUGAAUAGCAAUGCCAAAAAAAAAAUUCUGCAGACUUUUGCACAUAACCUCCACAUAGUGCCUGUAAAUCUCAGCAGAACUUGUCUGUGCUAGCGUUUUCAUCAUUGCGGUGAAUGCAUUAAGUGUUCUGGAUCAUAGCAAGCUUUGGUUACCCUCAGCCCACCUCAGCCUGGCUGUGCAGCCUUUCCUCACGCCAGUUCCUGGCAGGAAACCAGAGACAGGCUGUGGGUAGCUAAAGAUUGAGAAACUGGGGAUCUACCGCUUCACCAAGGCGCAUUGAGUCAUAAAACAGGUAUUUUGGAUGCUGCUUUAACUGUAGUUAAAACAACAAGAACACACCAGAAAAGGCUUUUGGGUUUGGGUUUGGUUUUUUUUUCCAAUUGUACCUGUACUGUUAAUGUCAGAAUUUCAGGCGUCUACUGGACUGAACAAAUACAAACGUAGUAUAAGAAAAGCACCGUUGCUGCCACAGAAGAGGAAAUGACGGGUACACAAGCCUCAGCAGAGACCAAGGAGAAGUUCAGGUCAACAGGCAGGCUUUUCUAAACUGCAUUUUGCAUUGUGAUUAACCCUUGUGCUCUGGGAGGGAUCACAGGCAUGGGGCAAAGGCUGGAGCUGCAGGGAGCAGGCGUGGGGCAGAGGCUGGAGCUGCAGGGAGCUGGACUGUGCUCAACAGCUCUGCAAGAGAAGAGGCUUGAGGAAACCCCUGCAGCCCGUGGGCUAUGGGCAGAGCUGCUGUGUAGCCAGUGUGUCUGUUCCUUCCCUCUACAUUGCCCGCAGAACACCAUUGUGUGCAUCCCUACACAAGAGCCGCUUCACACCUGCUCACGGAGGGGAUCACACCGACCUCUGUACCGAUACCAAGGGCUGGCUUGAGGAUGUGGCGUGCCAGACAGGGGCAGCCCAGAGAUUUAAGUUGGGGAUAUUUAGACUUUCAGCUGUACUUGUCAGUCUGUACUUGGAACCUGUGUCACACUAAUAGAGUUUUUAAGAACGCAUAA